AGGGGGAGGUCACGUGACUUGUGGAUCUGAUCAGCAGAGUGAAGAUGGCGGCCGAGAGAGAACCUCCUCCGUUUGGAGACGGGGAUGUGGAAGCAGAGGGUGAUGACUUGGAGUUCAGGGAAGCAGAGGGGGGCGAAGAUCUGUUCGUCAGUACUACUAGCACUCUGGAGUCGAGCCCAUCAUCUCCAGAACCUGCCAGUCUUCCAGCAGAAGACAUAAGUGUGAAGUCUAACGGUCCCAAAUCUGAUACUUUGCUGGAUGAUGACCAUGAAGACCUUUUUGCUGAAGCUACUGAUGAGGUGUCUCUUGACAGUCCUGAAAGAGACCAUAUACUUUCUCCGGAACCAACUCCACCUAUUACACCAGUAUCUCCAACCCUCAUCGCCCCACGAUCAGAAAUAAAAAUAUCUCCUCCUAUGAUGUUUGAUCGAUCUAAAGAGAUUGAAGAAGAAGCUAAUGGUGAUACAUUUGACAUUCAUGUGUCUGUUUCUGAUCCAGAAAAAGUUGGUGAUGGAAUGAAUGCUUACAUGGCUUACAGAGUAUCUACUAAGACUACUUUGUCCAUGUUUAACAGCAAAGAGUUUACAGUGAAAAGGAGAUUUAGUGACUUUCUGGGUCUGCACAGCAAAUUAGCAGCAAAAUAUAUGCAUGUCGGUUAUAUAGUUCCUCCUGCACCAGAGAAAAGCCUUGUAGGUAUGACCAAAGUCAAAGUUGGAAAAGAAGAUCCAUCAUCAGCAGAUUUUGUUGAAAAAAGGAGAGCAUCCUUGGAGAGGUAUCUACAGCGGACAAUAAAACAUCCUACCCUUUUGCAAGAUCCUGAUUUGCGGCAAUUUUUAGAAAGUAGUGAGCUGCCUCGUGCGGUUAACACCCAGGCCCUAAGUGGAGCAGGCAUAUUGAGGAUGGUGAAUAAGGCCGCCGAUGCUGUCAACAAAAUGACAAUCAAGAUGAAUGAAUCGGAUGCAUGGUUUGAGGAAAAGCAGCAGCAGUUUGAAAACCUGGACCAGCAGUUAAGGAAACUACACACCAGUGUUGAUCUCCUAGUCUGCCACAGGAAAGAGCUCUCUGCCAAUACAGCUGCAUUUGCCAAGAGUGCAGCCAUGCUGGGUAACUCUGAGGACCACACUGCUCUAUCAAGAGCACUAUCCCAGCUAGCAGAAGUUGAAGAAAAGAUAGACCAGCUUCACCAAGAACAAGCUUGUGCUGACUUUUACCUAUUUGCGGAACUUCUAAGUGAUUAUGUUCGACUUAUCUCUUCUGUAAAGGGUGUGUUUGAUUAUCGAAUGAAAUGCUGGCAAAAAUGGCAAGAUGCGCAAGCCACUCUGCAAAAGAAACGGGAAGCUGAUGCCAAACUCCAGUAUGCAAAUAAACCAGACAAAAUGCAGCAAGCUAAAGAAGAAAUUAGAGAAUGGGAGGCAAGAGUGCAACAAGGAGAGAGGGACUUUGAACAGAUCUCAAAAACCAUUCGCAAGGAAGUUGGCAGAUUUGAGAAAGAGAGAGUAAAGGACUUCAAAACUGUUAUAAUUAAGUACCUUGAAUCUUUAGUGCAAACUCAGCAACAGUUAAUAAAAUACUGGGAGGCUUUUCUGCCUGAAGCAAAAGCAAUAGCAUGAGCUCCUGAUGUGAAGAAAUGUGGCCUGUCUCUUGUUUACAACUGGUUCCAUACUAAGCACUGACUACAGAAUUCCAAUUUAAUAACCACUAUUUUAAAGUUGUAAUACUGCAUUACAGAAGUGGUUUAAUAGAUUAUUUAAUUCUGUUGCAUUGUUAACCAGCUGCAUGGCCUGAUUCAGUCAUAAUGAACUGAACUGUGGAAUGAUAUUCUGCAGUAGUUGCUGAAUUGAACACUACUGUACAUCUUAAAGAAUUUGCAGAGAAAUACAUUGCCAGUGCUGGAACUCUGACUUUGCUGUGAAUGAUACUUGUUUCAUUCUUGAAGAUCUAUUGCAGAAUUUUCAUAAUUGUAAAUUGUGAAAGCAUAAAUCAGCAUUCCUGUAUAGAAAUCAUGAAUUUUGUGAUCUUUGUUACUACAAUAAAGGAAUAUACUUAAUGCACUAGAA